CACCCUCCAGUCCCCGUCCGAUUUUUUCUACAACACUGUCCUGGAAUCAUCAACCUUGUACCUAAUCAAAUACUGGAAGGAAACAAUCUCUAUUUGAUUGCCUCUUACAUCUGCAGCCCACUACCACACUGCAUUCUAAACAGGCUGCCUGCUGCCUGCUUUGCACCAUUGUCCACCACCAUUCUACCUUAAUUUUUCCCGUUCCACCGAGGUGCCUCCAAUUCGGACGUCGCCCAAGCCGAGAGCAUCACGUCAUUAAUCAUCACCCGGUCCCCUGCCUCCCAAACGUUGUCUGAGAAAGCAUAGCAACGCCACGAAAAAGAAGCGACUACUCGUAUUGCCUUUUUUGCAUCAAGCACGGACAAAACAUCAGCGGACCCAAGCUUCCCCACCUCCUCAGACAGCUUUCCUCUGCCUCAUCGCAUACGGAUACUGGUCUAUUUACCGCAAUCUCCCUUGAACCUACUACCACUUCGGUCUGCGAAAGCCCUGUCAUCGAUACUCUUACGACUCCGACAGCACGUGUCACAAAGUCCGACUCACUACCAAACACUUAUAAACACAUCGGUUGCUGUCAAACAUGGCGGCCUUCGAAUUUCCCCAGUCUCUUGACAAGAGACAAUAUGCGACCUGCCGCUCAGGAGAAGUUUACAGGAAUGGAGCUUGCUACGAACGCGGUGCGUGGUACUGGUGGGGACGAUGGGUUCUCGCUGCCGUCGUCGUCGGCAUCACGCUCAUCUUCUUGAUGAUGUGUAUGAACGCUCGCCGUCGCAAGAGACGCGGUGUCCAACCCCUCUACGGCACGGGCUGGAUGGGCGGCAACAAGCACAACCAGCAGGGCACGUACGCCUACAAUCAACAGUACAACGGCCAGCAGCAGGGCUACGCCGGCUACCCCCAGCAGGGCGCCGACGGAUCCUACCCUGCCCCGCCGCCGGCUUACGGACAGGCCCAGCAGCACCCCCAGUACACCGGCACCACAUUCAACCCCAAUGACGGGUACUACGGCGGCCACAACGAGGGCAUUCAACUGCAGCAACCGCAGAACUCGUAUCAGCGCGACGUUUAUUCGCCGCCCGCAGGCCCGCCGCCUGGAAAGUGAGGCGCGUUUGGUUCGACUGAGACGGCGAUGACGAGACGAUGUGCUGGCCGAUGAGAAUGCGAUUAUUCUGAGACGGGGAGUGGCUUGCAACACCAACAUGAUACCUUGAUUGCGAAAACCCGGAUUGGCGUUGGCGGUUUUCUUUGGAUGGAGUCUGGAUUAACCAUACACGCACGUAUCGAACGGCGAGGCCUGCGCGGAGGAAUAACAGGAAUAACAGCCAACGUGUACGAUGAUAAUCGGGAGUUGGCCCGACGCCAGGGUCGGGAGUGAGCCCUUGGUGACCCAAGACACGAGUUUAUAGUACAGCAUGACAGUAUUGAUACCAUUUGAUCU